CCGCCACUAUCGCUCCACAGUCCACCGGGUCCCCUAGACCCCGACCCCACCGUGCGUGAGCACUCCUGCCGGCGCCCAGGCCACGGCCGGGCCGGGCACACGGGGAUCGCCACCUAGGACGCGUGGAGAGACACCAGGGGCCAGCGCAAGCGACUGCGGGGCGGAGAGACUCGGAGCCCGGAGCGCAGCUGUGCAGACCGCAUCACGGCAAAGUCAAGUGUCAACAUGACCGAACGCUUUGACUGCCACCAUUGCAGUGAGUCUUUGUAUGGCAAGAAGUACAUUCUGAAGGAGGAGAACCCGCACUGCGUGGCCUGCUUUGAGGAGCUCUAUGCCAACACAUGUGAGGAGUGUGGCACACCCAUUGGCUGUGACUGCAAGGACUUGUCCUACAAGGACCGGCACUGGCACGAAGGCUGUUUCCACUGCUCCCGCUGUGGGAGCUCAUUGGUGGACAAGCCCUUUGCUGCCAAGGAGGAGCAGCUGCUGUGCACCGACUGCUAUUCCAAUGAAUACUCAUCCAAGUGCCAGGAAUGCAAGAAGACCAUCAUGCCAGGUACCCGCAAGAUGGAAUACAAGGGCAGCAGCUGGCAUGAGACCUGCUUCACCUGUCAUCGCUGCCAGCAGCCCAUCGGAACCAAGAGCUUCAUACCUAAGGAGAACCAGAACUUCUGCGUGCCCUGCUAUGAGAAGCAGUACGCCCUGCAGUGUGUGCAGUGCAAAAAGCCUAUCACCACAGGGGGUGUCACUUACCGGGAGCAGCCCUGGCACAAGGAGUGUUUCGUGUGCACAGCCUGCAAGAAGCAGCUGUCUGGGCAACGCUUCACGGCACGGGAUGACUUUCCCUACUGCCUGACCUGCUUCUGCGACUUGUAUGCCAAGAAAUGUGCUGGGUGCACCAACCCCAUCAGCGGUCUUGGUGGCACAAAGUACAUCUCUUUUGAGGAACGUCAGUGGCACAACGACUGCUUUAACUGUAAGAAGUGCUCCCUGUCCCUGGUGGGGCGAGGCUUCCUCACUGAGAGGGAUGACAUCCUCUGUCCCGACUGCGGAAAGGACAUCUGAAGGCAGCACGGAAGCCGCAGCCUGUGGUACAGAUUCAGCGUUUUCUUUCUGAGCCAGGAAAGCUAUGUUCUGAUUCCCACCAGCCACCACAAGGCCUCCUCUCGCUGCUCUGGCUUCAUGUUUCCUGAAACCCUUUAGUUCUCUGAACCACUUCAGUCCCAGGGGCUUGAAAACCCGUCUGUAAAUCCUGGAUGGGAAGAUGGCUUGGAGUUUUAUAGAAAUUCAAGGCAGAUUAAAUGAAAAAGUCCUGAGUGUCUCUAUAAUGCAUCCUUCUUUCACGGCCUAUUUAAAGUGCAAUUAACAUUUGUUAUGAACUUGAAUUGUGUUUCAAGGGAAAGCUGGGAUUUGCAGCAUUGUAACUUCCUUUUUGUGUAAAACCUAGAAUAAGAUUUAUGUGACUUACAAUAAAGUUAUUCAGAAUAAAAAGCACAA